AUGCCUGCUGCAGGUGUUGCAGUUUUUGAUGCAACUCACCAAUUUGCUGAGCAUACUAUUCAGAUGAAAUGGUUUCUCUGGGAUUCAGAACGCUGUAGUGGAUCAGACUGGCGGCAGACCACCUUUUUUUGGUGCAAGUUUGGCUUUGGGAAGUGCUUUGAAGCUUCUUCUCAGUCCAACCACUUAGCUGGUCAUCACCAGUUGUCAUAUAAAAUCCACUUUUUCUCGCACAUUACAGUACAAUUGAGAAAUGGUUUGUUGUUUUUGCAUAGAAUAAGAGAAGACAGUGCUUUAAAAUGA